AUGGGUCUCCCCACCUUCUCCGAGUCCACAACCAAGGACCAGACCCCGCAGCAAGAGACUCAGACCGAGCAGGUCGCUACCGGCGCGGGAGCCAACACGGGCGCUGGCGUGACAAGGCCCAAGACUGAAGAGGAGAAGGAAGCUGAUCGCCUUUACGAGGAGGCUAUGGAGGAGGAAUAUGCUAAGCGUGAGGGUGGUUCUUAG